GCGAACACGUUCGGCCAUAUUGGAAUUCCAGCGGGAAGGAUCGAAUGUUUAUGAUCGUUCUGAACGGAAUUAUUUUCCAAGCAGAAAUAACAGAUUAGUUGUAAUGACAUAAUCAUUUCAUCAAUGAAAGCGUGUCUACGUUCAAGAGAUGGAAGUUGUGUUCAUCAACUCCGGCAACCGCUUACAACUAUCGGUUGUGAAGGCAGUGAUGUUAUCAUUCAGUGCUCAAAUAUAGAGCGUCAACAUGCUGUUAUUGAAUAUAAUGAGUCAGAAGGUUGCUUUGUAGUUCAAGAUCUCAACUCUGCACAUGGAACUUAUGUUAAUGAAUGCCGUGUACAAAAUGCUGCUGUGAGACUUGCUUCUGGAGACGUCAUUCGAUUUGGAUAUGGAAAUACAGGAUUUGAAUUUCUUGUUGACUCCUCAUCCCCAAUGCAUUACCCCUCAUUGUCAUUUUCAAAGCCAUGGGAGUCAUACAGGCUGCGUGUGUUAUCCUCACAGUCAGCAGGAGUAACCUCCCUCCCUUACAUUACCACUACCACUCCCACUAGCAGUGAAGGCAUGUCACUGUACCCAAGCUCUCAAGCAGUAAGUCUACCUGGCACUUGGGGACCUUCCAUGACAGAGUUACGAGGAACUUCUGAUCCCAAGACUAGUGUCAUGCCCCACCCACCGCUGAGGUCACGACCAACAAGUGCUGGUUCCACAAAGGCACGCCCCAGCUCUGCUGGUAGAGAGAGGUCAGCUGUCCCCCCUGUGAGCAGAGGUGGAUGGGUCAAUGGUCCAAUACAGACAGGAGAACAAACUGCGCAGGAAUUGGAGGAACGUCUGUUACGAAUGGGCGAUGAACUCAGCCGACUGGCCUCAUAUGAAGCAGAGUGUCACAGAAAAGAUGGAGUCAUUGCAGCUCUGAGAGAUGAGGUUGUUGAUCUCAAGGGAGCUCUUCAAUCGAGUGGUGGUUUCAGGCCUGGAGGUGAGGACUCAGCAUUUUCAAACUCAAGUAUUAUUCUACAGCUUCGUGAGCAAGUUUCACAGUUACAAGGGAUUCUACAAGAGAAGGAGGAAAGUGAAAAGACAGCAGCACAAAAGUUAGCCAUGUAUCAAAAUCAACUUCAUGCCAAGAACAAUGAAGUGUCCACCCUGAAGGACCAGUUACAGGCUCAGCCUAAAGCUACUACUUGGGUUAAAACAGACCCAAACGCCACCACAAACAAGAUUGCUUCCUUACGCACUGAAAUAGCUGAGAAAGAGCGAAGGAUAGCUCAGUUAACCAAUGACAAUGAAAAACUCAACAAACAGAAGAUGCAGUCCACGACUUUACUAAAUGGAUUACAGAGAGAAAAUUCAGCCAAGGAUGCACUGGUUCACCAGGCCAAGACUGAGAUUGAAAAACUUAAAAAAGAGCUGCGUGAAAAAGAUUCAACGAUCUCUACAAUGUCAACGAAGUUGGGACGGCAGAAAGCCGCUAAAGAUGCAGAAAAAGAAGUACAAAAACUACAACAGGAGCUGUAUGCAACAACAGGAAAACUUCAGAGCACGGAGAAGCAGUUAAAGGAAAGAAUUAAAACCAUUGCUGACCUGGAGCAUGAGUUAGAGAAAAUGAGAGGUCAUCUUAGUGAGGGACGGCAGAGUGAUAAAGCGACUCAACAAGAGUUAGACCACGCUAAAGCGCAGUGUCUUGACGCACAAAGAGCUGAGAAACUGCUGAAGGUUGACUUCCAUCAGAUGGAGAAAAGAUUUGAUCGCUUCCGGCGGAAGUUAAUAGAAUACACGUUCAGUGGAGGUGUUCCAAGCACAGUGGAUCAUGAACUGGAGGAUGAUGAACUUCUUGAUCAUGUGAGACAGCUGGCUCAUGACAAGCUGUCACUUGUGGAGGAAAUCCAACAGUACGCCAGCUCAGAGAGCGAGAAAGAAGCUAAGGAUAAGGAUUUGAGAGAUUCAACUAGCGAGCUACGAAAACAUCUGGACGGCAUGGCGAAACGGUUGUGGAAAUCUGGUCGCACAUGUAGUUCUCUGGAAGAAGAACUGACGCUAGUCGAGGAACUUACAACUCACGAUUCUCUUGCUUGGAUAAAGGACUUUGUUUGUAAAAUGUUGUCGAACGAGGCUGCCUGGCAGCAGAAGGCAGAAGAAGCUCUGAAACACGCAGCAGAUGACUCAGAUUCGGAAACCUCCGUCAGCGUGGAAGAUUUGUGUCGUCAAUUAAGAGAUCAGAAGGAGGAAUGCCGAAAGCUAAAGGGAAAAGUUGCAGAAAUGGAAGAGACCCAUCAAGAAGUUCUGUUAAAAGUACGAGAGGACAUGAAGAUAGAGGAAGAAAAACACAUAUCCAGAGCAGUCGCUGAAGUGAGAUCUGAGGAGGAUGAAAAACAACAGGCGGUGAUUCAGGAAAUGAAACAAAAGGAACGAGAAAGAAUACAAGCGGCCGUGGAUGCUGAAAGAAGAAUCUUGGAAUCACAACAUGGCAGCGUCACACAGUUACAGCAGGUUCUAAAUGAUCGAAUGAAGGAGUUAGAGAAUCACCGAGUUGCUUUAGCAACAGCCAAGUCUCAGUAUGAACAAGCUAAAGAUGGAUUGCAGAGAGCUAAAGAAACUGAGAAUCAUUUACGAACCCAGCUUCACGAGCAAGCCGCUGCACACAAGGAACAGCUGACUCGUGUUGAACGUGAAAAGGAAGAUCUGAAAAAUUACAAAGAGCAAGAGGUUGCUUCUUUUAAGGAGCAAACUCGGCAACACGCUGUCACAAUAGUGGCUAUGGAAGAGAGACUCCUAAGACUGACCAGACAAAAUCGACAACUUGAACAGGACGCAAUGUAUUCCAAACAAAUCACUGGUAGGAGUCGACCAUCUUCACCGCGUAAAGAAAUUUCUCGACCCUCCUCCCCUAAGAAAGAGCCUGUGACGUCUUCUAGACCUCAGUCCCCAAGAAAAGAUCCAAAACCACAGACAAGAUCAGUCGAGACUGAGACUGUGCCCCAGACAAGCGUGGAAGCUACUUUACAGUCAGACAUCUAUAAACUAGAGCAGCUUGUCCUGUUGCUAAGGCGGGAAGCAGCCCAGGCGAAAAAGGAAGCUGAGAGUCAAGGAGAUGUAGUACAGGCGUUAAGACGAGAUCUGGCUGGUGCCGCCGCGCGCAUGUCCGACAUGGCGGGAGAGUUGAGUGAUAAACAGAAACAAAAACUCGAGCAAUACGAGGAACGAAUCCGAGAUCAAGACAGCGAGCUGGAAGGACAGAGAAAACAACUGAUGCAGUUAUCUGCUUUGGUCGAUGAACAACAAAAAGAAAUCAAUUCUAGGGAAGACAAACUCACAGAGCAACAGAAAGCGUUUUUAAAGCAAAAGCGAGACACUGCCAAGAAAGGAACUGAACUAAUCGAGUACAAAGAGCAACUGGCGACACAAAUUGAAGAGCAAGAGGAGAAGUUACAAAUGAUCGAGAGAGAGAAUCUAAACACAAGUGAAUUGCAUGCCCAAGGACUGCGGUGUCGAGGAGAGAGACACGACCUUGUUAUAGCGAGACAAAAGGAAGCUUUAGCGGACUUUAGAGAUCGAACAAAGACACUGGAACAACUCAAACCACCUCUUCCCAACCAUGAACAAGCUCUACAGCAGAUUGUGGCUCUUAAGAAAGAAGUUAGUGAACUGAGAGCGAAAUUAGCUUCACAAGAGGAAGACUAUCACAAAAGCGAGGGUGAAAUGCAUGCUGAGUUGAGAAUUCGUCGUGAGCAAGCUUCCUCUAGCUUGGCCGAGACAGAAGGGGAGAAAGGUGCUCAUCGGCAGACAAAAGAAGCGCUGGACUUGAGUGAAAAAACGUAUCUUAAGUUAGCUCGUACACUCGGAGCAUUGUUAGAAAUUGACCCGGUACCAGGCUGUCGCUCGAUGGCGCAUCUACCUGUGGAGGAACGAGAAAGACUGGAACUGGAGAGGACGAAGGCUGUGGAACUGAUGGUUUCCAAAGUUCAACAGAUGUACGAGCGAAUGGAGCGGAAAGUUCAACUGCUGGGGUCAUAUGAGGAUGACUUAGUGCAUCUCAGAAAGAGUGAGACCAUGGCAGGACAGAAAACAGCAGAGGCGACAGGCCUGAAGAUGGAUGUUCGAAAUCGCCAAGAAGAAAUUUCUUACCUGAGAGCAUCAAUGACCAGACUACGAGACGAGCUGGAUCAACAACGAAGACUGAACGUCUGUUUAAAAGAAAGAAAGAAAUUUGCCAUGGACAUGGAUGAACGGGAUACCAAGAGAUCAACUCACAGUUGUUAUAUGGACGAACAUAUGCGGUACAAGGAAGCACUGAAAAAGAAAAAAGCAGCAGAGAAACUCAAACGAAAAAAUUAUGAAAUAGAAUCACUAAAAAAGGAACUGAUUUCCGCUGACCGGGAACUAAACGAGACCGCUGUCAAGCUGCAGCUUCUUGAAUCCAGUAGAAAUUUAACAAGUGCUCGAAGUGCCCACAGUGAGGACAGUGUUCUGUUAGAUUAUGAUGAAUAAUAAUCACGUGCAUUCUACAGUACUGCCCUCUACCAUGCGUGAUUUUCUCCUCACGAGCGAGAAUUAUGUUCAUGCAUGUGACAGUCACGUGGUCUCGCCAGAUCUCGUGUCUUCAGCCCGCAACGAGUACUUGGCUUUAUCCUGCUUCAGCAGUUUACUGUGACGUUGUAACGUGUUUAACGACAAAAACGGAGAAUGUCGAAUACCUUCUUUUAAUGGAUUAUUGAGUUACAAGAUAAGAGCAAAAUAAGAGAGACAAAAUAGCAAUAAUACAAAAAGGUCGCGAAAGACGCGGCUUGUGUUCAAAGCGAAGUUGUUCAUACAUCAUGAGCCAGUCAACCUAAGAGCGGCGUUCACGUUUACAAAAUCAUUUUAGUUACACUAUGUUAAUUAAGUGACAGCGUUUGUCAACAUACUCGGAUUUUAUUGUAAAUACGACAUUAAUGUACCUAGUAAUAAAUUAUAACGUGUUUAAAUUUAAAAAUCUUUUGAAAUCAUAGUUUUUUUCUCGUCGUAUUUUUUCUGUGGCAGUCAUUGGAGAAUUAAUUUGGUUUUCAUGACCAAAGGAGUGAAGAGUACGGGGCACCAACUUUCCUUUGAUUCCCACAAUACUUAUUUGUCUUUCACAGACCAUCUCUAGGAUCCUGGAGAGAGCGAUAUAAAUAAGACUGGUAGCCAGAUUGGCAUACAGUGAUGGUUCACGAAUCUACAUUUACUGAACUAGGAGAACAGGUUGAUCUGUUCGGCUCAAAUAAACGAGUAAUUUUAAAUUUCGCCUUCUCAGGGAGCUGUCGUUUAUUUGAAUCAGGAGUUUAUUCGGGAUCUCGCGUUAAAUCCGAAAAAUUAAAUGCUUCUUCGAGUUCUUAAAAGGAGCAACUUUCUUUCAUUCACUUACGUAAUGAAAUAUUAUUGAAUCAAUAAAAUGACAUUUUUCAGUCAA